AUGUUGUUGAUGGAAAUUGCUGGAAGAAGGAGAAACCUUAACCCACAUGUCGAUAAUUCAAGCCAAAUUUACUUCCCAACAUGGAUAUAUGAUCAUUUGGAUGAGGAUGAAGAUGAAGACUUGGAUUUGGGGACUGAAACAGAGGAUGAAAAGGAUAUAGUGAAGAAACUGAUUAUAGUUGCACUAUGGUGCAUACAGAUGAUGCCUAAUGAUCGUCCUUCAAUGUGCAAAGUUAUUGAAAUGCUAGAGGGGAGUGUGGAACUUCUGCAAAUGCCACCCAAGGCCUGCUUAACAUCUCCACCUCGGGAUCUUGAUGAAGCUCAUGAAGCUAUCUCAGGUUCCGCCGCGCAUUCAGUAAUUGCUUGUGAAUCAUCCUCCACACACUCCAUUAUCUCAAUUGUGACUGUAUAAUGGCAAAUAUUUAUU